CACCAACGUCGCCCAGCGAGUUCACUGUCGAGCGCAUCGACAAGAGCCGUCUACCGCCAUGACAGCGACGAUACAGCGUCCCCUAAGGGGCUCACGAAUCUCCACUUUCUACCCUGUCAAAAACCUCCCGUCACUGUCUUCGCUGGACAGCGCGUUCCAACUGCAAGAGUACAUUUCUCUGCUGAUUCGACUCAAUGUACACGACGUCGAGGCUAUCACUUCUCUCCCUGGCUCUACGGGCUCCAAAGAGUCUUUGAAUGAGGCGGACAAAAAGGAGGCGGCGGACGGGGACAAGGGGGUGUCGGUUGACCAAUGGUGCUGGGUGUAUGAGCAGCUCAGACGUCUGGCACAGGACCUGACGCAUCCCCUGAUCACAACGCUGCAGCAAGAAUGCACGCGCGCGACAUGUCCAGAGAUGAAAGCCGGGGAAUGGCUUUACCUGUGCGUUGCACACGGCAAUGAGGGAUCUAUGGAGCAAUGCUGCGCUGUGGAUUAUAUCCUGCACACUCUCGAUAGCGCAACCGCGCUCUUGAAUUCACCUAGAGCCUUCCCUUCUCGAAUUCAAAUACCAGAAAGCUCACAACGACACUUUGCUUCUCUCGCCCGUCGUCUCGGCCGUAUCUUUGCGCACGCCUACUUCCACCACCGCGAAGCCUUUGAACAAGCUGAAGCUGAAUCAUCCCUCUACGCCCGUUUCCUCGCGCUCACAUCCAAAUUCGACCUCGUCCCUCCCGAGUUCCUGCCUAUCCCCCCUGAGGCCUUCUACGACCAAAGCGAGCUCUCGAGGAACGCGCCCCCGCCCAAACUCGGAGCUGCCAACCCCGAUCCUCAACACCCCAAUGGAGCUGCGAACACCGAGGCGGAGCGCCAGCACACUCAACAACAGCAAUUGCAAGACAUCCUCCAGCAUCCUGCUCCCCCUACUCAUGAUUUGGAGGUUCCAAGAAAUGCAACGAGUCCCCCUGGACUCAUUCCCGAGGCUAUCACCAGUCGUCCAGGCCGGAGUCGUACAGAUACCAUGGUCUUCUCCGAAGCUGCGGCCAAUAGCUUUGCUCAGCAAUACGCUCGCUCAGAGGGUGAACCAGCCGAACUUGCGUUGGGAGAAAGCGAUGUCACCGACGCUCAACGUGCUUCGGAGAAUGCGGAACCUGAGACGGCCGCCCCAGUGUCAGAAGAGCCUCCACAGGAGCCUGCUGUUGUCGACCUCACUGAAGCAGAACCUGAGGUCCCUGUGCAGGAGGAGUCCAAAGCGGUCGAAAGUGAAGCCCCACCAACGGACGAAGCGCCCGCCAAAAGCGACGAAACGCCUGUAGAAGACGUCCCGAAAGAUACUAUCGAGUUGCUCGAUGAAGCUGAGGCUAAAGAACAGCCAUCAGAGCCUGCGCCCUCUGAAUCAGAAGCUGCCUCUGAAACUACCGUUUCGAAGGUUGAGGCUUCCCCUGAGCCAGCUGAGGCACCCGUUGAGCCACCAGCGCCGAGCGAGGAUUCGGCACCGCCGCCUGCAGCUGAGACUGCGGAUUCGUCGGUCAAGGAGGAAGAGAAGAAGGAAGACGCCGAGUCGUCGGGGACCGAGACCCCUGCUGAAGCCGACGCGAUUGAGAAAAAAGCUGAACCUGAUGUCGAAGGCGACAAGGACGCGCAGGCUUCGAAUUCGUCACCGGAGGUGCCCAAGGAGGGUAGCAAGGAGGACUCCAGUUCAUGA